CAAGCUGUGAGCGUUAGUGGCUCAAGGGGUUCCCAACCUUCGUCGUUGCAGCACCCACUCUGCCGCUACCAUGGCUUUCGUUCGCAGCUUCCGCCGCUGUGCUGAGAAGGUGCCAGAUGUCUUCAUGCAGUUCGGCUUGGAGCAGCAGUUCCGAUUUGUCAGUCAUCCCGGCAUCAUGGUGGUCUCAAAGCUCUUGGAAAUGAGGACCAUUGCCCAGAUGCGUGCGUCCUUUUCGCAGGACAACAUCGAACAAAUGAAGAAUUUUGAUCCGGAACUUGCCCGAAAAGCGCAGAUCGCAUAUGACAACAAGUUGCCGGUGAAUUUCCAGCAGCUGGAGCUCAUUGAGGACAUUUUGCCGCGGCUGCUGGAGGAGAAGAAGCAGCUCGAGGCCGCCCGCACCGAAGUGGCCAAGCUCCCCGUGGGUGGGCCCUACGAGAUGCCCAAGAGCGUGGAUGUCAGCGCAUGCCGCCCGAUCCCUGGACAGAAGGAUGUUCAGGGCACCUUGAUCGAGUUGGCAGAGGUCAAGUAUCCUGGGCUGGCGGCGCAGGUCUCUCCUGGCCUCAAGGACUCCUUCGAGAAAGCGAAACAGCUUGGAGGUGGAGCCAGCACAGCGAUUCCUGCUAAGAAGUGACCGCCUUUUACACAAAUCUGAGAGCAGUUAGGGAACGGAUUGGAAGAACUGUUAGUGAUGUUCUGCUAAUCUGCUAGUUCUUGUAUGUUACUGCUAGUUUUAUACUGCUACAACAGUAGUACAGUAGCUCUCCUCUCUUUAUCCA